AUGAAAACUUGUCUUGAAACGUUUGCAAACCUAAUAUUCUGGAAGCAAAUAAGGGGUGAGAAUAGCGCCGAAAAGCUCGUCACACUUGAGCUAUGGGAUCGUAAGCUUACAAUGCAAUUACCGGAAGCCUUCGGUCGGAGGAGAAGCUCAAUGCGACAAUUCAUAGAAAUAAACAUAGUUGGAUCCGUCUAUGUUCAUAUUCCCGCAACGAAACAAUUAUUCCACGGUUUAAGGAAGUAUGAGAUUGGUGAAGUACGCUACUUGGGUUCGAUGCCAAGGGAGGAUUCUCAUCAAAAUGCGUUGUGGUCGUCAGGCAGCCUCAAUCCAAUAAAACAAACAUGUGCUAAUAAGACCAAAUUUGGCGCUGAGAUGAUUCGAAAGUUUUUAAUGCCUUCAUGCUCAAUGUAUAAUUUUGCGCUGCGUUUGAAGAGCCAAGAUGUAGGUGUUCUGCCAGACAUGACUCAACCUCUUCGCCAGAACAGCGCUCAAUUGGCAGAAGUAACGGUAAUCGUUUUGGUGGAGAUGAUCCCCUCUGCGCCAAGUUUCCGUAGAAGGCUCGUGUUUAAAUGCCUCAUUUGCUGUUUUGUUACGCGUACUUUCCUUGUCGUUGCUAGAUUCUCUCCCCAAUAUUUAGCAUUUGAACACGGCUUCCUUGAUCAAUAUCUUGUUUGGGAGCUUGCAUGGGUGUUAGCACAAAGUUUGACUUUCAUUCUUGCGUUCUCCUUCCAGGUUAACUCCGCAGCCUUAUUUGGGCCCUACUUAAUACAUUCAAGUGGAUGUAAUUAG